AUGCGCGCAUCUUCCACUUUGUGUUGCUCGACAUCUUCUGUCGGACGGAAGGAGCCUCGCGCAUCAUCGUCGCGUCGUCUUUCCGCCGCGCGAUGUGAGCGACACCACAAAACGCGUAUCUGCGCUUCGUCGUCGUCAUCUUCGUCUGCGUACGAUUACAUCGUCGUCGGCUCCGGCAUUGGCGGUCUCACCGCCGCCGCGAUGCUUUCGUAUCACGGGAAUUCAGUGUUAGUGCUCGAGUCGCACUACGAGACCGGCGGCGCCGCGCACGGGUUUACCAGACGCGUGAAGAAGAAAAGAGAUGAGAUUGACACCAGCCAAAAGAGUAAAAAGGGCGACGAGAACGAGAGUAAAGACGACGACGAAGACGACGACACGAACGAAAGUCUCGAGUUUGUGUUCGAUACCGGUCCAUCCUUCUUCGCUGGAUUGACCACCCCAAACGCGCUGAAUCCGUUGGCGAGCGUUCUGGAGGUGCUCGGAGAACCGUUGGAGACGGUGAAAUACGAUCCGUUGGGAACCUUUCACAUCGAGAAAGGCGUUCCCGGGUUGAGAAGGCACGCGGAUUUAGAUUUGUUGUGCGAGGAAAUCGAAAGAUUUAGCGAAGGUGGCGCGAAGGAAGUGAGGUUGGCGGUGCCGAAAAUUAGAGAUAUGUUUGAAGCGUUGAGUGGGUUACCGACGAUUGCGCUGCGAACGGAUUGGCGGAUUUUGUUAGUCAUAGGAAAAAGAUAUUUGGAGAAGAUGAGUAAACUUGGGAAGUACGGCGGGGUGUUGGGACAACCGACGAACGCGUUGUUAGAUUUCUUGGACGUGAGAGAUCCGUGGGUGAAAUAUUUAUGCGAUUUAGAGUGUUUUUUGCUGAGCGGUAUGGAUGCGAGCGGAACGGUGAGCGCGGAGUUUGCCAGCGUGUUUGGCGCGUCGGAUUAUUUUAAGAAAUCCGAGUUCCCAGUGGGAGGAGGGAAAGCGAUUUCGGAUGCGUUGGUGAGAGCUAUUGAAAAGAGAGGUGGAGAAAUUCGCGUGAACGCGCACGUGAAAGAGGUGGCGUUGAACGAUAAGAAAGAUGAAGCCAUCGGGGUGAGAAUGCGAAUGGAUCCCGAGGUUGUCAUCAAAGCGAAAAAAGGGGUGUUGUCCAACGCAAGCGUUUGGGACACGUACGAAAAACUACUCCCAAAAGAUGCGAAAAUUUCCGCUCAAGAGUACCAAAAGAACACGACGAUUGACUGCUCGGACUCGUUCAUGCACAUUCACUUGGGCAUUAAAGCAGAUGGAUUAGACUUUUCGCACUUGGGAGGUCACCACGUCGUCGUGAACGAUAAAUCGAAACCGCUUGAUGCGCCCGGAAACGUGUGCAUGAUCUCCAUCGCAACCGUGUGGUCACCAGAAAUGGCCCCGGACGGACACCACUGCGUCCACUGUUACACCAUGGAACCGUACGACGGCUGGACGGAGUUAAAAGCCACCGACCGAAAAGCCUACGAAGAAAAGAAAAAAGAAAAGUGCGACGUUCUCUUUAAAGCGUUAGAAACGGUCAUCCCAGACGUCCGCUCUCGCGUCGUCCUAGAACUCCUUGCCUCGCCGGCCUCUCACGAAAAAUGGUUGCGAAGGUACCGAGGUACCUACGGCGCCGUCAUCCCGGCGCCGAAAAUGUUCCCAGGGCCGGCAGUUAAAGGCGUCAAAAACCUCUACCGAGUCGGCGAUAGCGUCGCGCCUGGCGUCGGCGUUCCCGCGGCGGCCGGGAGUGGCGUUAUUUGCGCGAACACUUUGACCAGUUUGGAGGACCAUUUCAAGUUUUUGGAUAAAUGCGACGAAAAGUGA